GGUCAUUCCCAAAGUGGCUGCGUCAUCUCCCGGCACCGGGGACAGUUGUGCGUCUCCACAUAUAACAAGGCCGCCAGAGGACAGACCCCCACCAUAUCUACGAUAUGCGGAUCAUUAUCAUAGGUGCAGGUGUAGGCGGAUGCGCCAGCUUCCUCUUCCUCCGCAAAUACCUCCCCGCGGACAAUCACUCUAUCAAGCUCAUUGAGGCACAUGCCAACCCCCUCGAGACGUCAACUAUCAUUGGCGGAGGUCUCGGUCUCGCUCCCAACGGCCUCCGUACUCUCUCGCUCAUCGACGAAGCCCUGCCGCGGAAGAUUACCUCCCUGGGCUUCGAGGCCCCCAUGGCAGAGUUCAGGACAGGGCCAAGGGAUCAGUUCCUCGGCCUGUACGUCAUGGGCAGGAAGGAGCGGUACGGCUGGUCGAACCUGAUGGUGCAACGGGCUACUGUGCACGAGUGUAUCCUGGAGGAAGCCAUAAAAGCCGAUGCUGGAGCAGGGGACGUGCAGUUCGGCCGCAAGGUCGCGUCAGUAGACUCUACCGGCACGGACCGCUGUAUGAAAGUAACCUUCGAAGACGGAUCCACCGAAGAGGCGGAUCUAGUGAUCGGCGCGGACGGUCGUCGUAGCACAAUUCGCGAUUUCGUGGCGGGCAAACACGUCGACGGCCUGAACGGCAUCGGCGGCUUCGUGCCGCUCUCCUACAUUGAGCCGUACGUCGAGCACACGCAGAGCCCGCUCAUCAUGACCUGGGGCUCGAUGGGCUUCUUCGGCUUCAGCCCCAUCGGCAGCGGGCCCGCGACCAAGUCCGCCGAGCGCAAGGCGAUGUGGUGGUCCGUCUACGCGUCGGACACGCCCGCGACGCCCGACUCCCCGCGUGCGCCGAUCAAGCAGCAGCUCCAGGCGCGCUUCCGGGGCUUUGAGGGCGCGAUUCCGAAGAUCAUCGACGCGCUGUGCACGGGCGCGCCGGGCGUCAGCGAUAUCAUCGUCUUCCCGCGCUACAGGCUGCCAGAGUUCCUGGAGCGCUGGGAUCGCCCGGGUGCGGUCCUGGUUGGCGAUGCAGGGCACAUUGCCCUGCCCGAAUCGGGCCAGGGCGUGUCCUUCGCUGUCGAGGACGCCGCAACGUUCGCGAUGCUCCUUAAACGCUAUCUCGAAGCAAUCCCCGACGAAGCCAAGGCGGCCGAGUGCGCGGGACAGAGUUACUCGCAGAUCCGCAAGCCGAGGGUCGAGAAGACGAUCAUAGCGGCGACCAGGAACGCCAAUAACAAGAGGGGGAUGGGCCCGUGGCAGCGGUGGAUCCGCGACUGGUUCAUCUGGAUCUGGUGCAAGCUUGCGAGGGAGUCCUCUGGGGACGAGUUGUUUGCACACAAGGUGGAGGAAGCCGUCGACAAACAUCUCACGGAGAAGGGGUACUGAUUCUGACGGAACUCUUCGAAGCUCCUUUCUCGUCUUGAUCUAGGUAGGCAAACGUAGGUAAGUAGUAUAGUUUCUAAAUCAUCUUAUCAUUGCCACACUUCCCAUGAAGGGAGAGGCAUGCAUCAUGUACCCGCCCGCUGUAUACCCUCAGCAACCAUCUGUAUCCAGUAGCCGCACGUAUCGUUAUUUCUGAUUCAUC